AUGGAGGUAUAUGUUUCAAGACUUGCUUCUUUUCAGUCAUCUUCUCGAAAAAAACCAAAAUGGCCUCAUAGUUAUCCAACACCAAGAGAUUUAGCUGAUGCUGGAUUUUAUUAUGAUCCUCAUCCUUCUUCUAAUGAUAAUGUUUCGUGUUUUUUAUGUAAAAAAGCUUUGGAUGGUUGGGACGUAGAUGAUAAUCCUGUGAAAGAACAUUUUCAACAUUCUCGACAAUGUGGUUGGGCAAUUCUUAAAUAUACUAAAUUUUUGGGUGAAGAUGCUAUCUCUUUUACUGAUAAGGAGUUGCAAGAUGCUCGGGAAGCAACAUUUGGUUCUUGGUGGCCUCAUGAACAAAAAAGAGGAUGGUUUUCAAAAAUUAAGAAGAUGUCUCGGGCUGGAUUUUAUUAUAAUCCUACACCUGAUUCUAAUGAUAUGGUGAGUUGUAUUUAUUGUGGUCUUGGUCUUGAUGGUUGGGAGCCAAAAGAUGAUCCAAUGGAGGAACAUAAAAAACGAGCACCUUCAUGUUUAUUUUUUCAACAAUUAACAAUUACUAAAAUACCUGUUUCAGAGUUAAAAGUUUUUUCUAAUAAACUUGGUAAUGAUGCUGGUAUCCAAAAUAAUGAUGUGUUAAAUCCGUAUGGCCUAGAAACAUGUUUGAAAUCAAAGGUUAAGCUUCCUCUUACUAGAUCAAAAAUCCGGUCUAUUAAAAAACCUGUAAAAAAGUCUAAAGAUAAUGAUUUACAAUCUCGUUCAAAAGAAUCAUCGUUAACUUUUUACGAGGAAAAGCAUAAAAAUGCUCUUUGCAAUUCUUCUUCAGAUUUAAUUGUUGAUAAUGCGUUAUUUUCGGAUAAUCAAACAUUAGCUGAACAAGACAAAAAUGAUAAUGAUAACAAGUUUAUUGAUGUCAAUAGUUUCAGUCCUUUUAAUGGAAUGAGAAUGACUCGUUCACGUAUUAAUAGUUUUUCUAAUAAAUCGGAUAUUUUAUAUAUUGAGAAAGAGAUAACAAAGGCUUCUAAAUUGAAAAGUAGAAAAAGACGGUCUCAACAAAUUAAAAAGGAAAAUAAUUUAAACAAAAUGCCAGAGGGAAACAAUUAUAUGAAUAAUAUAAAUAUUAAUUCUACUGCAAUUAAAAAAUAUCGAGAUGAAAGUAUUAUAGAAAAUGAUAGACAAAAUGAUACAUUUAUAAAAUUAGAUGAACAUUUAGUUGGACCUGCUUUAGAAGUUACCGAAAGUGAUAUUUUUGAAGAUAUUCAUACUCAAGAAUUACAAAAUAAUUUUAUAGCUACUAAAACAAUUUUGAGCAAAAAUCAUAGAAAAGCUAGUUUUGUGAAAAGUAGUAAAUCAGUAAGAAAGUUAUCCUUAAAAAGAAAUAUAGAGUCAAAUUAUAAUGGAGAUAUUGAAAAAAAAAAUAUAUUAAACUUUGAGGAUUUAGAAGUUGAGAAAAGAAGUUGUUUAAGAUAUAAGAAAUCAUCUAGAAUUAAUACCCAGAUAAGUGAAUUAGCAAAAGACAGAAUAGCAUCUAUAGAAAAUUCUAGUACUAAAAAAAAGCCUAAACAGGUUCUUAAAAUAAACAACAUUGUUAAUCUUCAGAAAGGAUUAGAAAAUGUUUCUCAAAUAUCAGACUUAUCAGAAGUUACUUCUUUUCGUUUUAUCGAUAAAGAAAAUAUCUCUGAAGGAUUUAGUGAUCCUUUUAAAGAAGAAAAAGUAUCUGAUUUUGUUAUGAAAAAUAGUUUUCAAGGUUUAUUACAACAAAAUUUUGAAGGAAUAUUUGGCUUUGAUAAAUCAGAAAAUCAAAAAGAAAAUGCUAAAAAUGUUUUGGUAUCUGAAAUAAUUAAUAAUAGUGAUAAUAGUAAGAUAACAGAUUGGGUUCCAAUAAACAGUCAAGCUCUUGUUUUUAAUUCUUCGAGUAAUAUGUUGGUUAAUUCUCAUGAACUUACUGCGAGUGAAUUGGAUAUGACAAUUGAAGAAUGGAUAAAAUUUAUAACUCGGAAACAAGUUGAAAAGUUAGAGAUUGAGUGUCAAAGAAUGAUUUCUGUUUUAAAAAAAGAAGGAGAAAGAGCAAAGCAAGCUAUUUUGGGCAUCCGUGAAUCAUAA